UAAAUAUUUAAUGGAGUCCAAUAUCAAGAAGAAGUUUGCAUCCGAUAUUUCUGAUAUAUUAUCUGGGAAUAUGAGCCUGAAUGAGAAGAAGAAAACACAGAAGCCUUCUAGAGGCCGGAGGGGUAGAAGAAACGUCCCUACCAGGUCUCCUAGUGUAAAAUAAAUACAGAGAAGACUAUGAGCAAAAUGUGAUUGAUGAGACAAACUCAGAGGAUACUCCUGAUAGCAAAAGCGACCAAAGCCCUCAACACCAUUACUUACUAAGAAAUAGAGUCAAAAAUAGGAGUAAAAGAAAUGAUAAUGAGGAAAGUAAAGAAGACAGUAAGGAACAAAGCCCUCGGAGAUCCCCACGAAUCCAAGCUAAUGAAGAGAGGAAAGCCCAAAAAUAAAGAAGAAUCUAAAGCCAACAAAAAGAGAACUAAGACAAAGAAAAGUAACAGAAGGAAUAAACAAGAAGAGAGCAAGGAUGAUCCUAAACCACAUGAUAGACACAAGCCUUCUAGAAAUGCAUACAUCAGCAGCGACGAUGCCAAUCUCGAGGAGAGAAAAAGGCAAGCAGCAACAGAAAGAGCCAAGGAAGAAGCUGAGAAUUUAUCUGACAAGGAAAAUGACUCAGAUUAUAUUAUAGAAUAUGAUAAGGAUAUAGUCUCUGGUCGCCUCAUGAAGCAUAUACGAAGGUUAAUCAAGAAAGAACAUUCUAGAAUCCAGUAUUACUACGAGUUGAUAGAAACAGUCCGGUUCGAUAGGAAUAAAGUAGUAACUCUUAAUGGCAAGCAAUAUUACUGAAUGUCAGACACUGGCUUGGAAAUGAUCCGAGGAGUGGAUUUUCCGAAUCUCAGAAAACGGUACAACAUUCUUCACACAAUCUUUGAAGUACAGGACAACCCAGCAGUAUUAGAAUAUGUUGAAAACAACAGAAAUUACUUCGCGAUUUGGACAUACGCAGCUUGAUUUAUUGAUCAUGACAAAUUUGAGAAAUUUUUGUAUCAUGUAUUAGUUAACCAUAAAUCCCAGAGAGAGGAAAUUGAGGAUAUUCAUCCAAUUAAGUUGAGCGAUAUAGAACCAAUAACUCAUUCAAGGUUCCUUUAUACAGCAGGAAAAUGAUUAUUGAAGUACAAUGCCAAAAUCUACAGAGUACUGAAAAAACAAGAUAGAGUUUUAGGCCAGUCAGAAAAUUGUAUCGAGGCAUUUGAUAGCUAA